AUGCUAACGCUCGGAUUUCCCGUUUCGGGAGCUUAUCUCAUGUGCUUUAUAGGAUAUAUUAUUCCUUUCACAAUGGUGCUUGGAGCUUUCAAUAUGGAUUUCGUCAGCGAUCCUGUUUCGAAUGCUGCCUACAUUAAUUACAGUGUUCCGAAUCUGGAACUGUACCGCACUGCCGUUGGCACAACGGUCGAUCAGCCAUGCGUCUUAUAUGUCAUUAUUUGUACAUCUAUCUUCCUAAUCCCCAUCUAUAUCGUAAUGUAUUUCUGUCGAUGGAAAAUCUACCGCGUGAUAUCACGCCCUACGUUUGUGCAGAAUAAUUCGACGCAGUCAAAUAUACAAAGACUUGUUAAGGCACUCACCGUUCAAUCACUUAUUCCACUGUUCACAGUAUUUCCGGCCUCUGUGUCCUACCUGUUAGCGCAAUUCAGCACGUUACACUUUCAUAUGUACAGCUACUUUAUUGUGUCUUCUCUUACCUCUCUCGUCGAUCCGAUCGUCACAAUCUACUAUGUCAAUCCAUAUCGUCGAUACACUUGGCACCUCCUAGGAUUGUCCCAAAGCGAAUUUGAAACCACUAUGUUCAGAGCGAGCUCUUUCGACAAGUCUUUUCGACGUUCAUUUAUUUCAGCACGUCAUAACUCCUCCAACAAAAUACAAUCUAACCACUGA